AUGAGUAACAACGAAACAACUUCAGUCUCAGAUUUAACAAAGGUUGAAUCUAUGACCUCUGAGGAAAGAGCAGCGCUGAGAAAGAAGAAAUUCACAAACGAAAAUAAGGGCGAUGAUACUUCUAAUGCUGCAGCCUCCUCAUCUUCAAGCGCAUCGGAUCCAAUGACCGAUAAGGAGCAGAUUAAGAAACGUAAAGAAAGAUUUGCUGCUGACGAAUUGCAAAAGCAAAUCAACUCUGGACUAGGAAUGGAACCCCCUGAAAGGAAAAAGAAGGGUUCAAAGAGAGGAAUUAAGAAACAAUCAAAAACUGGAGGAAAUUCCCGUGGUGGAUAUAGACCUCGUAGAGGUGGUAGAGGACGUGGUGGUAAGAGAAACUAG